UCUACCAGCUCUGCUCGGACCAUUGCAUACGGCCCUUGUACCAAGAUAUUUGUUAUAAAGAAACAAAACUAUUCGACAGCAUAUCAUGAUGGUUAACACAUUCUGGAGAGGAGACACAACAAAGGUUAUCCUGCUACAAGUUCUUGUUGCCAAUUCUCUACUGCACUUCUCGUCAGUCACGGGCGAUGCUGCAACAUGUAACACCAAAUCUGUUAUACCUGAAGUUAAAAUCUUCUCAAGUCCGCCAGACCGCACGCAACCUAUCGGAGCAGCCAUUAAUCUGACCUGUGAAGCGCGACCAAGGGAUGAAGACGUGCUUUUUCCCAGGAGAAGGGUCAAGUAUAUUCAGUGGUAUGAUCCCCAUGGGAGACCUGUUGGAGUCAAAUGCCAAAACGCAAGACUAGUAAAGAAACUGAAAUGUCUGUUAAUUCUUAAGAAUCUGAUCGUAGAAAACUUCGGGAACUACACUUGUGAAGCAGAAAAUGACUAUACUGGAUACUGCAGAAGAAAAUCCAUUGAAAUUCUCCCUAAAGAAAACUUAAGUCCACCUGAGACAACAAAGGCACCCCAUCUUCUAUUUCCUAAUGUGGUUGAAAACCCAAAGAACCAAAGCGCUUUCAUUGGCUCCAAUGUAACUUUUAACUGUACUGCCAUGGGUCUUCCAACACCAGCCAUCUCAUGGAUGAAGAACAACAAUUCAUAUGCAGUAACAUCCAAUGUGAGAGCCAGGGUUGUUUCAGAUAACAAAAAUAAUCACAGUCAGCUGAUAAUAACGGAAGUGAAGAUAGAAGAUAAUGGCAAAUAUCAGUGCGUUGCAAGCAACAGUGCUGGUGAGAGGACAUCGUCAGCGGCUUUCUUGUACAUAAAAGAGUUAGAAUCCAAAAUAAACCAAGAGUCAGAAAAGGAAAAAUGCUCAACCUCCCCCCACAUUAGUUUCUCCACUUUAUCUUACGCUAUAAUUGCUACCUUUGUCGGUGCCUUCAUUGGUGGAAUAUGUGUGGGGUUUUGGUUCAGAACUAUCAAACGCCGUGGAAAGAUUACUUUCCAUAUUGCGAACGAUUGUGAAGAUUGAAAGCACAAAUUUCAACUGUUCAAGUAGCGUCAAAUGUCUCUCUCUUUUUUAAAUCGGAUGCAGAAUCCUAGUGCUAAUCUGUUUGCGUUAGUUUGCUGUACGUAAAUAUUAGUACACAAAUAGAUCAGGUCUUCCUUGUUCCCAUAGGAGCCGUAGCGUAUCACAAAAGUGUCGUGGACGUUUUUUUACUGUGCUUAAUGAUCAAUUCUUGAUCGAAAAAGACUCACUGCUUGCAUUUGCCUUACUGUAAAUCAUCGAUUUUUCCGUAAUUCCGAGAGAAAAUUUCCUGCAAUUUUUUAAAUUUUUAACCCUGCCCAUGAUUUGACCCCUUUUUUCAUGCUGAUACUUGAUAGACGGAGUUAAGUUAUUCAAUUUUUUGAUUAGAAAGAAACAAUCCGGAACCUAAGGAUAGCCAAGAGUUAGCGAUGUUAGUGAUACACAAGACAGCAAAGA